AUGUCUUUCGAAGAACGCCCAACCAUUGUUGAUGUAGACCAGGAAAUUACUAAAGAAAUACACGGCUACACAAAAAUGAAAAAAAAGUAUGUAUGGGUUGGUCCCGAGCUUUAUUUCUACCCAGACACUUACAGGACCUUUGGCCCUAAAUUCUAUGAGUUCGCUAUUCGGCCGACCGACAUCUUCCUUGUAGCUCAUCCUAGAACAGGGACUACAUGGGUGUCUGAGAUGAUAUGGCUUUUAAACAAUAACUUGAACUAUGCCAAAGCUAAGAAUCUCGACAUCGACAGCAGAUUUCCCCUCUUAGAUUUGUGCCUCGUAUUAACACCGGAAUCAGAAAAGGAACGCUUAAACCGGAUUCCUAAUGAGAUGGACAAGCAAUUCCUAAGGAAUCUAGUGGAACCCACAGUCAAUAAGAUUAUUAAUGCCCCUUCUCCAAGAUUGAUUAAGACCCACUUGCCCUUUUCUUUACUACCUCCAACUCUACUAGAUACCACAAAGGUUGUUUAUCUCAUACGAGACCCGAGAGAUGUUAUUGUCUCUAUGUAUCAUAUCGGAAAACUACGCUUCCUAAAAGACGAUGUUGACUUUGCAACAUUUUGGAGUUUAUUUCGACGUGGCCUGGUAACUUGGUCGCCCAUAUUCUCGCAUUUAAAAGAAGCGUGGAGAAUGAGAGUUAAUUCAAAUAUGUUGUUUUUGAAAUUCGAAGAAUUGUCAGCAAACCUCCCAGGAUCAUUGCGACGUCUAGCCAAUUUCUUCGGUAAGAGUUACAGCGACGAUCAAAUCCAGAGUCUUUCCAAACAUCUCGGUUUUGACGAGUUCAAGAAAAACUCCGCUGUUAAUCAAAGCCAAGGUUUCCACAAACUGGGCAUUGUCAAUGAAGAUUAUGCUUUCAUUAGAAAAGGAAAAGUUGGAGAUUGGCGCACAUAUUUUACAGAUGAAUUAAAACCGGACGUAGAUAAAUGGAUGAGUGACAACAUGAAGAAUAUAGAUCCAAGUUGUCUAUUAUAUACCACAGAGGGAUAA